CUUAGAGCUCUACACUACUCUCUGUAUUAUGAGACGAACAUGGCAAUUUGCCGGUGAUGAAACUCUAGGGAUGGCCACUGUUGAAGAGAGAUCCUCUGCAUAGUACGGCACUAAACCUGUACCCCGUAUGAUCCAGAAUCAAAUAGGCCACCUGCUAGAGUUGAAAAUGAUCGCACUCGACAAGGAGAUCUUAAGGGACCUGCAAGCUAUGAUGGAGAGGAGAUAUCGAAAGGAAUGGCCGAUUGUGACCAUAGCAUUGACUAUCCUCCUACAUACUCGUGAGCUGGACAUUGGCAGAAACCUGUUUUGGAGCCGCUACGCAGAUCCGAUCGGUUUCUGGAUACAUCCGUCGAAGCCCAAGACGCUUAUUGAGAAAGCGACCAUCUCUUGCAACUCCCUUCUAUCGCAUUUUCACUGUUCGAUGGGGUUAAAACCUCUGGAAAUAGAAUGGGACCUACAGGGAUCGAAGGAGAUGGUAGAUAAUGACCCGAGAGUCCUGCUACUCAUGAAGUGGCUUCAAGCACAGGUCACGCGCCUACGAAAUGUUGGCUUGAUUGGUCGGGAAGCGAGUGCAUUGUAUGAAGAUGGAGAUCCGAAUAGUGUAGGCUUCACGAUAAGUUCUUUGGUUUUCGAGGAGAGUGGCUAUGAGGUCAAAAGCAUUUAUUGACGGCACGGCGACCGUUACGCUUUCUGGCUGAACAUAACAAAUCUAUUUGCCUUCUUCAGCAUGCUGCACAAACCCCUUCACAGCGUUUUUGACAAGUCCGUAGACCUCUGCCACGGAUCCAUCUCCGUUUACCUGCAAAUCAAUUAGUAGAUGUCUAUACGCCUCUACUGUAAUCCUCACCCGGCUAAAGUAUCCAUCUAUUGCUAGACAAUUCUGGACUUCUGCAUUCUGAACCGGGAUAUCCCGAGUUCUCCUCAGAACAUCCGACGCACCGUCUGCUCCAUUUGAAUGCUGUUCUUGACUACGUCGGAGCAGCUCCUCUGGGGAGCAACUCAGAAGCAGAGCGUAGUUUGUCUUCUGGACCUACUGGCGUAAGCGGA